CCCCGGGUCCGGUGGGUAGAUGGCCGCGGUGCUGCGGAGUGGGCGCUGCUUCUUCCUGCCCACUCCGGUCCCGCGCGGCCUGCGCCCUCCCGGCUGCUGCAGCGGCGCCAUGCAGGAGCCCCCGCCAUCCCCGCCCCUCGCUGCCCGGCCGGAGAGCCCGGGCCCCAGCGCAGCCCCGGGGACGGCUGCGGGCUGGCUCGGAGCGCUGCGCUUCGAUAACCGGGCGCUGCGCUCGUUGCCGCUGGACCCGUCUGAGGAGAACGUGCCGCGGCAGGUGCCCGGCGCCUGUUUCUCGCGGGUGCGGCCCAGCCCGGUGCAGAGCCCGCGGCUGGUGGCCAUGUCGCUGCCCGCCCUGACGCUGCUGGGCCUGGAGCCCCCCGCGGCCGGGGCGCUGGAGGAACUGGAGGCCGAGGCCGCGCUGUACUUCAGCGGGAACCGGCUGCUACCCGGCGCGGAUCCCGCCGCACACUGCUACUGUGGGCACCAGUUCGGCAGCUUCGCCGGGCAGCUGGGCGACGGCGCGGCCAUGUACCUGGGCGAGGUGCUGAGCCCGCGGGGCGAGCGCUGGGAGAUCCAGCUCAAGGGGGCCGGGCUCACCCCCUUCUCCCGACAAGCUGAUGGUCGAAAGGUUCUGCGGUCAAGUAUAAGAGAAUUCCUGUGUAGUGAGGCCAUGUUUCAUCUAGGUAUACCUACAACAAGGGCUGGAACGUGUGUAACAUCUGAUUCAAAAGUUGUUCGGGACAUAUUCUAUGAUGGAAAUCCAAAAAAUGAAAGAUGCACAAUUGUCCUGAGAAUAGCUUCCACAUUUAUAAGGUUUGGAUCUUUUGAAAUUUUUAAACCUACAGAUGAACACACAGGACGCAAAGGUCCCAGUGUUAACAGAAAUGAUAUUCGUAUACAGAUGCUUAAUUAUGUGAUCAGCACUUUCUAUCCAGAAAUCCAGCAGGCUUACUCUGACAACAGUGUUCAGAGGAAUGCUGCUUUCUUCAGAGAGGUAACAAAGCGGACAGCAAGGAUGGUUGCUGAAUGGCAAUGUGUUGGAUUUUGUCAUGGUGUGCUGAAUACAGAUAAUAUGAGCAUAGUAGGACUUACUAUUGACUAUGGCCCUUUUGGGUUUAUGGACAGAUAUGACCCAGAACACAUUUGCAAUGGUUCAGAUAAUGCAGGGCGCUAUGCUUAUAACAAACAGCCAGAGAUCUGCAAGUGGAAUCUAGGGAAGCUUGCUGAAGCUUUAGUCCCAGAACUGCCCUUGGAGAUCAGUGAACUCAUUCUCAAAGAGGAGUAUGAUGCAGAAUUUGAGAGGCAUUAUUUGCAGAAGAUGAGGAAGAAGCUAGGUCUCAUUCAUUUGGAAUUAGAAGAUGAUGAUAAAUUGGUGUCUGAACUUCUAGAAACUAUGCAUCUCACAGGUGGAGACUUUACAAAUACUUUCCGUUUGCUGAGCUCUUUCUUGGGCAGUUUGGAUCCUCUAAAAUUGGAAGAUUUCCUGGAAAAGAUUGCCACACAGUGUGCUUCCAUGGAAGAACUAAAAGUUGCUUUCAGGCCUCAGAUGGAUCCAAGACAAUUUUCCAUGAUGCUAAUGUUGGCUCAGUCUAAUCCUCAACUGUUUGCAUUAAUUGGAACAAAAGCUAAUAUAAAUAAAGAAUUAGAACGCAUAGAACAGUUUUCUAAACUGCAGCAAUUAACAGCAGCUGACUUACUGAGUAGAAAUAAAAGACACUGGAAAGAAUGGCUGCAGAAGUACAGAGUCCGAUUAGAAAAAGAGAUAGAAAGUGUUAGUAAUGCUGCUGUCUGGAAUGCUGAAUGUGUGAAGAUUAUGAAUUCAAACAAUCCAAAAUAUAUCUUGAGAAAUUACAUUGCUCAGAAUGCCAUUGAAGCAGCUGAAAAUGGAGACUUCACAGAGGUAAGAGAGGUUUUGAAACGCUUGGAAAAUCCAUUUGAAGAGACAGAAGAUCUCACUGAGGUACAGGAAGAUCAAGAAGAGGAGGAAACAGUUGCAGCAGCUGCCACUUGUGCUCCAGUGACCAGCAGCAGACUUCCAUAUAGCAGUAAACCGCCACUCUGGGCUUCAGAACUCUGUGUUACGUGAUCUUCAUAAUGGCCUUGUUUUAUUUUUCACUGUAAGCUGGAGAUGCUGAUCCUUCUUCAGUAGUGGAGAAUCAAACAAGGCAAAAUCAAAGUGCUGUUAAGUCAUUGAAACAGUUCAUUUGGAUGUAUCUACAAUCACACUUCAGCAGCAGUGCUUAUUUUGACACAAUCAUGGAUCAUAGGUUUAAUGGACCAAUGACAAUCAACAGUCCAUGUACAUUGUUAGAUUAAUGUUUGGGGAGCUGAACAACUUUCUUUUCUCCUCACAACAUUGUAAUUAGUGAUGUCUUAGGUGUAGGCACACAGUGAUCUUUGAACAUCCAAAUGUAACUGUUUUUAUGUGACGACAAAAAUAACAAAUCAGAAAUCUGAUAUAUUUUUGACUGAUGAUGAAUUAACAGUACUUAUUCCCAAAAUGUGGUUAAUGCUUUUACUCUGCAGGGAUGUUUGAUCCUCUUUAAUGGAGGAGUAAGCUUAUCAUUGCUUAUCUGAAGCUAUGAUUCCUUUAACUGAGUAGUUCCUUUCUUGUGAACCUUCAUAUUAACAUCAGUCAUUUUUUUAGAGAAUUUUUUUGCAGACUGGGGUGGGGGGGAAAAGCAACUGAGUAUAAUUUUUUUAUAAUAUGCAGUAUAGAAAUCAGAAUUGAGGGGGACUAUACUUAUUUGCACUCGAAAGUCCUAGCAGAAAAAUAUAUUUAGCUUUAACAUGUUUGUGUGUGAUACACACGUACAAAUAUUUAUUAAAAUCUUGGACUGCAGCUUGUAAGUCAGUUGACCUAAACAAGAUCACUUUGCCAACUUAGCUUGUUCCCUAUAAACUAUCCAGUACUUAAUAUAAGCGUUCAUUAUCUAUGAUUAUUUAUGCUGUUGACACAGUCCUUUCUACAUUAAACUGGCAGAUGUGUACUUGUUCAACAUUAUUCAAUGUGACUUGUGUAAUUUAGUCUUCAAUCCAUCCAUCAUCAUCACAAUCUCUGGAAAUGUUACUUUGAAAGCUGCCAUUUUAGUAUUCUUAUUUGCUAAUAUCUGGGGUGGCAAUGUCUGAGAAUAAACAAAUGAAGCUCCUA